AUGAAUAAAUUCUUACAAUUAAAAGACAUUCCCGAAAUAAUCCCCUCUUCUAACGAUGAUUUAUGCGAAAACCAUUUUACUACAACUACUACGCGAUCUCCAGAUGGACGAUAUGUAAUAGCGCUGCCUUUUAAAAAUGAAGGCAGAAAUUUAUACAACUCAUUUCAUUUAGCCUUAAAGCGAUACCACAUGCUUGAAAAUAAAUUUUUAAAAUAUCCCGAAUUUCAUAAGAAAUAUGCCGCCGUUAUAGAAGAUUACCUCACUCAAAACCAAUUAUCCUUUGUCGAUUAUUGUCCGGUAGAUCAUGAAGUCGAUGAUUUUAUUAAAAUAAAAAAUGGAUAUUAUAUUCCACAUUUCGCAGUCGAAAAAGAAAGUUCCUCCACGCCUUUACGCGUUGUGUUUGAUGCAUCUGCGAAAAAUUCAGAAUUCACUUCCUUGAACGAAAUUUUGCAUGUUGGUCCUAAAUUACAAACCGACAUUUGUUCAAUCCUUCUAAAUUUUCGUUUCGGGCCUAUAGCAUUAACAGCUGAUAUCAAACAAAUGUAUCGUAAUAUUUGGGUUCGUAAACAAGAUAGAAAAUAUCAAAAAAUCUUAUGGAGACCGUUUCCCGAUGCAACUUUUGGUCUAUCGUCAUCUCCCUUUCAAGCUAUCAGAACUAUCAAACAACUUUCCCGAGACGAAUGUUCCAAAUAUUCUCAAUCUAUUUCUAGAAUUCUUGAGAACGAUGUCUAUAUUGAUGAUGUGGUUACAAGUAUCGACUCCUUGGAUAGCGCUAAAACUAUUUGCGAAGGUUUACAGACUGUAUUACCGUCUGGUGGUUUUGAAUUAAAAAAGUGGGAAUCUAAUAAUUCUAAUCCACGUAAACUUUUUCCUAAUUCUGAUGUACAAAACAAACAUUUCUCUAAAUCGGAUUUUGAAAUAGAAACUUCUACAAAGGUAUUGGGAUUAAAAUGGGAUCCCUUAUCAGAUAAUUUUUCAUUCGAAAUAAAGCUUACGUGGAGAAAAUGGACAAAGAGACAACUUCUUUCAGUAAUAGCGCGAAUCUGGGAUCCUCUGGGUUUCCUAACUCCGAUAGUUGUUAAGAUAAAAAUAUUAUUGAAAAAAAUUUGGACAUUAAAAAUCGAUUGGGAUGAGGCAUUACCCUCAUUUAUUAUUACAUCAUGGUUAGCCGUAUAUUCCGAAUUAGAGCAUCUUAAUAACUAUCAGAUUCCGCGUUAUCUCGAAACGUCAAAACAAAACAAAUGUUCAUUAUUUGGUUUUGCGGAUAGCUCAGAGCAAGCGUAUGGAGCGGUAGUUUAUAUUAAAUCUCUUGGCAAUCCGAAUUUCUUGUUGAUUUCAAAAUCGCGUGUAACACCGAUUAAAAACCAAACAUUAGCCAGGCUUGAACUUUGUGCUUGUCAUUUACUGUCAAAACUUCUGAAUUUUAUAUUAACGAAUAACCAACAUAGUAUAGAUUUUGAUUCCAUUUACUGUUUUUCCGAUUCUAUGAUUGUCCUCCACUGGUUAGCAGGGCCGGCUACUCGUUGGAAGACAUUUGUAGCCAAUAGGGUAACAAAAAUACGGGAUCUCAUUCCUAAUGCACAAUGGCUUCACAUUCCUUCUAAUCAAAAUGCAGCCGAUUGUGUUUCCCGAGGUGUUUGA